AUGAAGCCCCUACAAGCACUAUCUACUGAGAUUGCUGCCACUGCCACUGGCACUGCCAUGCCCCGCCCCUCGCCUGGAGCCAAGAUCGUGGAGCUCCUUCAAUGUACCGCAAGGGAGCUGCCUACACUGCCACUACCAUUGCCUGCUCCCUCCCAUCCUGGGUGGCCUCCAACUUCCACCAUCCUGGCCUGCAUCACUUGCCAGUCUCCAGCUGCUGUGAAUAAAGAUGAACUAGAGUGCCCCGGGCUGGCGCGCCCGAGCCUCGCGCUCCCGCCGCCGCCGCUGCUGCUGCUGCUGCUGCUGCUGCCGCCGCCGCCGCCCUUCGGCCAGGCCCACGGCGCCGCGCGCUUCGACCCCACCUGGGAGUCCCUGGACGCGCGCCCGCUGCCCGCGUGGUUCGACCGGGCCAAGUUCGGCAUCUUCAUCCACUGGGGCGUGUUUUCCGUGCCCAGCUUCGGCAGCGAGUGGUUUUGGUGGUACUGGGAAAAGGAAAAGAGGCCAAACUAUGUGAACUUUAUGAAAUAUAAUUACCCUCCUGAUUUCAAAUAUGAAGAUUUUGGACCACUAUUUACAGCAAAAUUUUUUAAUGCCAGCCAUUGGGCAGAUGUUUUUGAGGCCUCUGGUGCCAAAUACAUUGUCUUAACUUCUAAACAUCAUGAAGGCUUUACAUUGUGGGGUUCCAAGUAUUCGUGGAACUGGAAUGCCAUUGAUGAGGGGCCCAAGAGGGACAUUGUCAAGGAACUUGAGGUUGCCAUUAGGAACAGAACUGGCCUGCAUUUUGGACUGUACUAUUCCCUUUUUGAAUGGUUUCAUCCACUCUUCCUUAAGGAUAAAUCCAGCUCAUUCCGUAGGCGACAGUUUCCAGUGUCUAAGACGUUGCCCGAGCUCUAUGAAUUAGUGAACAGGUAUCGGCCUGAGGUGCUGUGGUCGGAUGGUGAUGGGGACGCGCCGGAUUACUACUGGAACAGCACAGGUUUCUUGGCCUGGCUGUAUAACGAAAGCCCGGUUCGGGACACAGUAGUCACCAAUGAUCGUUGGGGAGUUGGUAGCAUCUGUAAGCAUGGUGGCUACUAUACCUGCAGUGAUCGUUAUAACCCAGGACAUCUUUUGCCACAUAAAUGGGAAAACUGCAUGACAAUCGACAAGUUGUCCUGGGGCUAUAGGAGGAAUGCUGGAAUCUCUGACUAUCUUACAAUUGAAGAAUUGGUGAAGCAACUUGUAGAAACAGUUUCGUGUGGAGGAAAUCUUUUGAUGAAUAUUGGACCCACCCUAGAUGGCACCAUUUCUGCAAUUUUUGAGGAGCGAUUAAGGCAAAUAGGGUCUUGGCUAAAAGUCAAUGGAGAAGCUAUUUAUGAAACCCAUACUUGGCGAGCCCAGAAUGACACUGUCACCCCAGAUGUGUGGUACACGUCCAAACCUAAAGAAAAUUUGGUCUAUGCUAUUUUUCUUAAAUGGCCCACAUCAGGACAGCUGUUUCUUGGCCAGCCCAAAGCUACUCUGGGGGCAACAGAGGUAAAACUACUGGGCUAUGGACGGCCACUUAACUGGAUAUCUUGGAAGCAAAAUGGCAUUCUGGUAGAAUUGUCACAGCUGACGUUUCAUCAGAUGCCCUGUAAGUGGGGCUGGACUCUAGCACUAACUAAUGUGACCUAAGGUGCCACUGAGUGGCUUUUGCUGCAGUUAUGGCAGCGACUAGGAAAUAUCAGAUUUCUAUAACUGUAGCACAUGGAGAAAGCAAAUGUAAAGUUGUAUAAUAAAAAUCAAGUAAUUAUUUAGACAAUGCAGCCCUCUUUCCCCUCUUGCUUUCUAAAUGUUUUCUUAAAUUACUCAUGUAACUAUUUCAAUUCUCUCGUGCACUUUGCCAUUAAAGUCUCUUUACACUGAUUUGUUUC